AUGGUAUACACGAUAGCGACAAUAUACACCCCUAACAGGAACCAGGCCUCCUUCUUAAGAAACACACUGCACAAACUGGAAGAAUUUACGGACGGGAUACUACUUGUAGGAGGUGACUUUAACGCCCCACUGGAUCCAGCACUGGACUCAUCCUCGGGGCAUAGCUGCCUUUCACAACGCAACAUUAAAAGUAUUCGACAAACAUUGGACUCCCUGAGGUUAGUCGACUGCUGGAGGACGCUCAACCCAUCAGUUAAGGAUUAUACAUACUACUCGGCACUGCAUGACCACUAUUCCCGUAUUGACUACCUCUUUAUCACACAAGAGGGACUCUCCUGCCUACAUAAAGCCGACAUCGAACCAGCCACGUGGUCUGAUAAUGGCUCGUGA